AUGGAUUCACGUGGAAGAUUCCACCACAGACAGGAAGAGGAAAUCAAGACAGAAACUUUCCUGGACUCGCUUGUAAGGCGAAUGACCGUUUACGCAGUAGCCUUGAUCGGCUUAUUCCUCAUUAUUAAAGAGUUUCUAACAGGUAAGUAGGCGAUUUGGGUGUAGCUUUCGGGAGGGAUUUCCGCACUUGACAGGCGCGAGAUCGUUUUCUAUUUUUUUUCUGAAUCUUUAGUUCACCCUCGUGCUAGUAACUUGGACAAGCUCGAUGUUCAUUUAUUAUUACGGAAAUAACUGGAAAUAGAUUUAACCGAAUACACGAAUGAAAAAUAAGCUUUUCAGCUGAUGUAUCAGUUUUGCUACAGUCUCGAGUUUCCCUGACAAAGAUAAACAUUGGUGCGGUAAAGCGUAUCAUCUUCAUUUUUAAUAACAAGCUUGAUUUUAAAAAAUUUCCCCGGACUUCCGCCGAAAAGCACCCCCCCCCCCCCCCCCCCGUGCAGUUUUGACAUGCUUGGAUCAACUAUAGCUUCUAGUAAACUAUCCACCCACCCCUCCCCAAACUCAACGUUAACUCAAACUUCUAAACGUAUGGCAAAAUGUCAGGUCAAUGGAGGGGCGGGUGGAGAAUCUUUGUCGCGAUAUAAAAACCUAUGCAAACCCCUUCCCCAGCCUAACGUUAAAAUUGACUUCUCUCGUAUGUAACAAAUGUCGGGUCAAGGGAGGAGUAGGUGGUCCGUUUACCAGAAUCAGUUAUUCGCAAUACUAUUGUCUGGGCUAAACUGCAUAGCAUGAUGGCUAUAGAGACAUCAUGUCCGCCAUGUUGGUGUCCCAGAGCAUUAAAAGGGCCGCCAUGCAUGUUGGUGUUCCAAACCAAUCGUGCGGGAGUUGAACUCUUUUUUUCUGUAAACUCUUUCUUUUGUUCUAAUAAAUUUGAAUAAUUGCUGGGCACAUGAGAGAAAACGCUCUUUUUGUAAACGGUUUUGUGUUUCACUAUUUCGCUCGAUGACACACUGUUCGAAAUACCGAAACAAAAAGGUGGGAAAGAUUGAGUUCAUUCAACGCUCCAAAGGACCAAUAAUCACUAGAGUAAUUGCUCGUUUCUUUCUUCAACAGGCACCUUCAUCGUCUGCCAACCAAUCAACAGAAGCGUUAGAAUUAACAUUUCUUACAGCCAAUCAGAGGCGGACUACGACAAAGCGUACUGUUCCAUGUCCAUGACUGACUUUCGAGAAAAUCUCAUCAGAGCAACUGCAAGUGAACCCAACGCCAUUCCAGGGGUGACAAUUAUGGGCAUCAAACCAGGCGAAGGGCGAGUCAUUUAUCAAAAUCUUCUACCGUUCGCUUUUAUUUUUCAAGCUGCACUUUGCAGCAUUCCUUCACUUCUGUGGAGAACAUGGGCAUCAGAAAUACUCUGUGCUUCUGUAAGAUUCAUCGUGGAUAUCUCAAAAAGAUUUCCAGGAGCUCCUAUAGGCGAGUUUGAACCUCGUGAUCGCAGAAAGGAACAAAGUUAUGAAGUACUCUCCGAGGACCUAAGCAGUCAAGUUGAUUUCUGGGGAAGCAGAAAAUUCCUUGCAAGAGUCUACACCACGAAGCUAAUGCUUAAUCUUGGCAUUUUGAUCUUUAUUGUUUGUUUUUAUCUCUCCUAUCCAAUGCUUAAUUAUUACAACUUACAAGAGCUAUUUGUUUGUCACGUGAACAGGCAGACCCUAGUCACGUGCACUUUUCCCGACAUUGGCUUGUUUAAAGUGGCGUGGAUAGCCAAUAUAGUCCUCGUCGAUAUCUCGAUUGUUCUCGUUGUUUUCCAGUUGAUAAACGUCGCCUUCUGCAUGUCGCGAACAAGAACCUUCUUCGUCUGGUAUCUUGGAGUGGACGAAAGAAAAAAGACUAGAUUACCAAAUGACAUGCAUUUAAUUUCACAUUUCUGUUACGCAAAUCUCAGUGCGAUGUGUCCUAGAAUUGUACUCCAUUCUGACAUUCAAAGAACAGCGUUAUAUAAUCCGCUUAUUUCUUUAAAAAGUUCACAAGAGGAGUUGAAUUCUAGUAGCUCAAGUUCAUCUCUCUCCUAUAACACAGCUCCACAAGUAUUUAGACGACAGACCGCCACCGAAUUAGAUAGGGAAUAA